AUGGCCAAAGUCAAACAGAAGGCGGCGAAGAAAGGCGCCGGAGGAGCCUUAACUCGAGGUCAGGCGGCGAAGCAAAGAAGAAAACAUAAAGUGGUCUUGGAAGCGACGUCGAAAGAGAAGAACAAAUUGAGGAGCGUGAUCACAUUCACUGCGGACCCUCCCCCGGGAUACACGUUCAUCCCGGCUGGUAAUCCGGAACUUACGGCCGCGCUCAAGGAGUUUGCUCGCCGGGGGGACAACAAAAUAUUUGCCGUGACAACCACGCCACAUGCUUCUCGCCAUGAAUUGUCCAGGGAAGUACAUAGAAUUGGAUUUCAUUUUCCUACCAGCGUUGUUGCCCAAGUAUGUGCACACUAUGGUAUUCGUCUUACCAGUGGUGGGCAAGUCAUCGACGAGUCAACGGACGACAAAUUGUUCACGAAGGUCUAUCAAAAUGGCGAGCGCCCAGUCGAGGAAAAGGAUCAAAUCACGAUCAACACCGAGGCCAAACAGACCAUCAAAGAUUUGUUUCCUAACAUACCGGAUAAGGACCUCUUUCAGAUCAUCAAGACAGCCUUUCAAUUAGGCGACAAUCGAGUGGGUACCGCCAACGAGAUCCCUCUCGUUCGUAGGGCCCAGCUAUCUGUUGUUGCCCACAUUCGACAUGUGUACACUCAAUACGAUCAUCUUCUAAGAAAAUUGGACUACAACGAGGCUCGACACAUGGUGGAAAGGGACACGCUCACGAAGUUGAUCGAAUGGCGCGGAGACGAUGACAGUGUGGAUGAAACCACCCAACGUGCCGCUGACGAUCUUCUCAGAGAGGUCAUUGUCAUCUCUGACGAGGAAGACAGCGACACAGACUCUGAUGACGUUGAACAACUUGGUCAGGACCAUGUCCAGGUUGAGGAGCUCCCUAUCACUGCAUAUGGAAAUGGUCCUGGCCGUCCAGCGCCUUCCAUGCAUGACUUCUAUCGCGAAGAAGCAGCUCAGGGUUAUCGCGUCCUGCCUCGCGUCGUGCGACGCUAUAAGCCCACUGAUGAUGAGAUUGCUCAGAGGGAUCGCAGUAGGUACGCUGUUUGGGAUCAGGCCAAACGAGAUUAUCGUUCUAGUGUCGCCCAAAAGCCACCUCGAGUUCUGGAACGGAUAUACGAACCGGAAGUUAUUUCGGCAUCUCGCAUUCUCGUCCCUCUUGAUCCGCCUGCAUACCCCACCCGACAAGUCGUUCAUGCUCCCGCUCCGUCAUCCACAACGACAAAAAUAGAAUAUGAGUCGCAUCGUACCCGCCCACCGAGUCCGCGAACCUACAUUAGAGAUACAGAUGGCACUCUGUACGAACGCAUUAUUGCUCGGCCGCGCGAAAUCAUCCCAGAAUCAGCGCAACGACAUUAUGAACGUCCACCUCCAGCAAUGUUACCUCCCGAAACACGGGUAAGAACUCGACCUCCCUCACCUCAACCCUUAACGUAUCGAGAGAAUCGUCACAGUGGAAAUUUCGAUGGAGACAGUACAGUUCUUCCAUCUGUCGAAGGUCCCGAUGGGGCGUAUUUGUCUCCCAGAUCCCAUCGAAAUCCUUCCGGCAGACAUUCCGAACCUCGCGAUAUUAAACUUACUCGAGAAGAGAUGGGAAGUCUGCGGGAUCCCGUCUUCAUUGACUCUGACAAUCCUGAGCAUUCCUUGAAGCGAAGACGAGUUGAAGAAGUACCACCACUGCCCGAAUAUCGCACUGUCAGAGAACCUCCUGUCAGGCACCGUGAGCGUUUCUUUUUGCCACACCCUCAAUCAGCAUCCACUCAUGUUGAGACUCGCAUUACUGAUCAUCAAGCACCACGCCAAAGUCCAAGACCGAGACCACCCGCCCCUGUCUUAGACACAAACAGAUACGUUGAGCGUCAGCCCAUCCGUGAUACUCGUGAUCUAUCAUACACUGAUGCACCCAUCCCAAAGUCCAUGUCAGGGACAAAUGGUUUUCGUGAGACCACGAUCAUGCAACCCCGCUACCCCUCCCGGGCGGGCAUUGAACUUGAGACUAGCAUACAUAGGCAGGAGUUCGAAAACAGAGCCUCGGUUCCUGUUCGUCGUGUGUACGAACCUAUUGAUGAGCCUCGCGCCUACGAUACUAGAACUGGGAUGGCGCACAAUAUGGCCAGUGGUGAGCAGUUCGUGCAGUCUAUUUCAAAAGAAUCUCGCACACGAUACACGUAUCCAGCUGGAACCGUUGUUCGUGAACCCCUGGAGCCGAUACCUCGUCAGCGUUUACUUGAGUAUGGUUACCAAUGA